CACAUUCUCACAUUAUGGAAGGAACUUCUCGAACACUUCCUUACACCAUAAGAUUCGUUGGUCUACUUGGCAGUCAUUCUCUUGGUAGAAAUCCAAAGUUUAUGGCUACUGCGGUAGAUUUAGGAAGGGAAUUGUUAAGACGAAGAAUUAGUCUUGCUUAUGGAGGAGGCAAUGUUGGCCUACAAGGAGCUGUUGCUUCAACAGUCUUUACCAAUAGUGGUCUCGUUAGAGGUUUCAUUCGUGGGUACAUAGCAACACGACGGGUCUAUGGACCUACGUACGGUGUAGAGCACACAGUUUCCAGCAAUUACUACAAAUAUUUUGAGAUGAAUCAUGCCGUGGAAGCUUUCAUUGUUCUUCCUGGAGGAGUUGACACUAUGGAAGGUUUAGGUGAAGGGCAAUCCACCACGAGGCCUCUAUUGUUUGACGAAACAAACUACACCUAUUGGAAGGAGGGGAUGAGGAUUUACAUCCAAUCCACAAACUUUCUCCUUUGGAGAAUUAUCAAAAAUGGUGAGGACGUGCCAAUGAAGAAGGUCGAGGAAACCAACGUCCCUAAGACCGAGGAUGAAUAUGAUGCACAAGACAUCAAGAAAGUGGAAAACAAUGCCAAGGCCAUCAACAUCAUCUAUUGUGCCGUUAACCCGGAUGACUACCGGAAGAUUUCUUAUUGCACCACCGCAAAGGAAAUGUGGGACAAACUAGAAAUCACCUACGAAGGUACGGAUCAAGUCCGAGAAGCUAAAAUUGAUUUUCUAACCCAUGAAUAUGAAUUGUUUCGUAUGAAGGAAAACGAGAAAACCGAUGAGAUGUUUGAACGAUUCUCCAAAAUCGUCAAUGAUCUUCAUGCUCUCAAGAAGACGUACACGGACAAGGAGCUUGUGAGAAAAAUCCUACGAAGUCUCACACCAGAGUGGCGCUCCAAAGUCGAUGCCAUUCAAGAGUCCAUCGGCAUCACCAACGUCACCAUUGACGGACUUAGAGGUAACCUCAAAACCUAUGAGUCCACCAUUCUAUUCCCUUCUUUAGGUGAACAAAAGAAGAAGGGGAUUGCACUCAAGGUUACCUCAAGCCAAGAACCCGCCAUGGAGGAAUCAAGCGAUGAGGACAACGAGUUCGGGCUCGUCAUCAAAAAGUUCCACAAGUUCAUGCGAAAAGAGUAUGAACGAAAGGGCAAAAAGCAUGGAGGACCACCCAAGUGCUAUGGGUGUGGAGAAGUUGGGCACAUCAAGCCAAAAUGCCCAAAUGCCAAAAACGAGAAGGAGAAGAAACCGUUCAAGAAGCACCGAGCUUACAUUUCAUGGGGAGUAAUUUAAAAUAAUGCGGAAGCCUUUUUAAAGUCAAACAACUUGGGAUCUUGCCCGAAAACGUAAUAAGCAUUAAAGUUAAUUAAAUAAAGCAUAAUCAACAGAUUAAAGAGACAGCCACGCCAUCGUACAUCUCCUCCUUAAUGCCCUCUGGGAUCGGCUCUAGGUUCAUCUGUCU